AUGGAGAUAUGGAAGAAAAAAUCAGUGGAGCAGUACUCUGCGGUACCAUACCUAGCGACGUUCGCAAACUGUGGGCUUUGGGUACUAUACGGACUGCCUGUGGUACACCCCCACAGCAUGCUAGUGGUGACCGUCAACGGCACCGGCUUCCUCAUCGAGAUUGUAUACAUCUCCCUCUUCCUCGCCUUUUGCCUCCCGGAGAAGCGGCUGAGGGUGGCGGCGGCCGUGGCGGCCGAAUGCGUGUUCCUGGCGGCGUUGGCCCUCCUCGUCUUCACACUUGCCCACUCCACCAAACUCCGAUCUGACAUUGUCGGCACCUUUUGUAUGAUCGGCAGCAUCGUCAUGUACGCCUCGCCGCUUUCUGUAAUGAAACUGGUGAUCAAGACAAGAAGCGUGGAGUACAUGCCAUUUUUUAUUUCCCUUUUCUCCUUCCUUAACGGAAUUAGUUGGACGGCUUAUGCGCUUAUCAGAUUCGAUAUUUUCAUCGCCGCACCUAAUGGGAUGGGAGGGCUACUUGGGCUUGCCCAGUUAUUGCUCUAUGCAACAUUUUACCGAUCCACCAAGAGGAUCAUGGCAGAAAGAAAGAAAGUGGGCGGAGUAGGAGAAGUGGGCUUGGCCCAACCAAUAGCCCAAUUAGAAGAACAUGAAAAUGUUGGUGCCCAAAAAAUUGGUUCUCAUGGUUCCGACUUUAGCUUAGCGUAG